GAAGUGACGUCAUUGUUAUGCGACCAGUGGAGAAAUGGCGAGCAGCAAAAAUAGUGUACUUCUCUCUUCUUUGGCGGAGUAUGGCGACGACUCUGAGCCAGAUUCCAACCCAGAAACCGAAGAAACAGAGAGCCAUGGAGUAGGUCUGGUGUCAGCUGCCUAUGGAGAGGACGACAUUAGCCGGAUUGAGGAUGGCGACGACAAGGCAUCUGGAGACGAGGACAGCGGGGAGAGCUCCCGUAACUCUGAAAUGGAUGAGUCAGACGAGGGGGGAGACACCGAUGAUUAUAAGGAGAUCCCAGAGGCAGAGAGGAGAGACCCCAAUGAGCUGGUCGCUCUGUUCUCAGAGAAAGUGAGGAACAUGUCACCUGACAAGAUCCGGAUCCCCCCUGAACCACCAGGACGCUGCUCCAGUCACCUACAGGUGAAGAUCCAGAAGCUGUAUGAGAAGAAUCUACAUGGAGACUUAGACACAAACAACCACAUUCAGAGGAAGAAAGAGUUCAGGAAUCCCAGUAUCUAUGAGAAACUCAUUCAGUUCUGUGGCAUAGAUGAACUGGGAACCAACUACCCUAAAGACAUGUUUGAUCCUCAUGGCUGGCCAGAGGACUCUUACUACGAGGCGCUGGCCAAAGCUCAGAAAGUAGAGAUGGAGAAACUGGAGAAAGCCAAGAAGGACAAGACGAAGGUGAGGACCACAGGCGUUUUAGUUGCCUUGAAGAGGCCACCCGAGAUUGAGUUUGUGACGGCCACUAAGAAGGGCAGCAACCCCACCAACGCAGCAGUUCCCACAACCAAUACGGCUGCUAGUACCGUGACAGAAGCUCAGAAGAGGAAGAGUAAGUGGGACUCUGCGGUGCCCGUGACCCUGGCCCAGCCCGCCCUGCUCACUACCACGGCAACCCUGCCAGCGGUUGUCUCCGUGACGACCACCGCCAGCGGAACCAAGACCACUGUAAUCUCUGCCGUAGGCACCAUCCUGAAGAAAGCCAAGCAGUGAACAGGGAGGAAGUGUGUGUUUUUGGAUGGAUGAGAGGAUAGAAGAGAGGAUGGAUGGAUGAGAGGAUAGAAGAGAGGAUGGAUGGAUGAGAGGAUAGAAGAGAGGAUGGAUGGAUGAGAGGAUGAGGAUAGAAGAGAGGAUGUAUGGAUGAGAGGAUAGAAGAGGAUGGAUGGAUGGAUGAGAGGAUAGAUGGAUGAAAGGAUAGAAGAGAGGAUGGAUGGAUGAGAGGAUGGAUGGAUGGAUGAAUGAGAGGAUAGAAGAUAGGAUGGAUGGAUGAGAGGAUAGAAGAGAGGAUGGCUGGAUGGAUGGAUGGAUGAGAGGAUAGAAGAGAGGAUGGAUGGAUGGAUGAGAGGAUAGAAGAGGAUGGAUGGAUGAGAGGAUAGAAGAGAGGAUGGAUGGAUGAGAGGAUAUAAGAGAGAAUGGAUGAGAGGAUAGAAGAGAGGAUGGAUGGAUGAGAACGUGUGUUAGCGAGAGAAGUGUGUUGGGGUGUAUGGUCCUGUGUGACUGUAUUGUUUCAGAGAGAAUGUCUUCCCGACAAUAUAGAACAUUUCUAUAUUCAUCAUCAGCCAUACAAGACUUCUGCAUCUCUCCUUCUGUUUCUGGGAUGUUUGAUCUACAGGAUAUGGUCAAUGGACUCCAUCCUGACUUGAGAUUUAUUUAUAUCAAUUUGAGAUUCCUCUUUCAUCCAGCUCUCCAGUCAGCACUCUGUUGAAGUUAUGCAUUGAUCUGUUUUGUGUUUGUCAGCAAGAAACUGGGUUUAGAUGUUAGCUUAAAGAUUGUCCAUUGGGAAACCAUCCUACCUAGGAAGUAACCUAGUUAUGGCGUAAGUUACUAGUCUCAUGUCUGAAACUCGAAGAGUUAGUCUCUCGCUUCCCAUCCUCCAGUAAAGUGGUUUCUUACCCACCUGUUAUGGUAACGUAUAUAUUUGUAUUAUAUCUGGGCUGUGUUUUGACCAUGUACUGGAAUGUGGUCUAGUGAAGAUGAAAGAGGAAUACUCAGACUAUGGAUAUUUGCAUCAAUGUUCUUUGCCUCAUUUCAUUUGAUUUUAAAUGGCCUAUUGGAAGAGCUUAGGAGGAAUCCUUUUUAUACAAAUGUACAUAUAUAUUGCUGCUGAUGAUGGUAUGAUCAAUAAAACAAACGUCAUACUGCCUUUUCAA